UGUUUCCGUCCUUUUCUGGCUUCAAUGAAAAAGAAUGCGAAACAGCAAAACGUCGCGACCAGUGGAAAAUAUCCACGUCAGUCGCCAUUGGCCAUACCAGAGUCCGGCGGUUCUCCCGAUUAUGCAUUACGACCUAACCAGGCGGCUCCUCUCCAGGCACACAUGUCGGGAAAUCUGGCCGCUCUAAGCUUAUCACCAGAUAGUGAAUCCGUUGUUGUGGCCGGAAGAGAAGUCCUGAAAAUCUUGUCUGUCAGUAAAACAGAAAUAAGGGAAACCCUCAAUUUACGAAGUGGAAGUGAUUUGAAUCUGAAUUAUAGCAGCAACGAUGUCAAAUGGGGAAACAACGCUACGAGGCACAAGAUAGCCACAGCAGCAGCCAAUGGUGCUAUCGUUCUGUGGGACCUGAACAAGAUUGGGCGGAAAGUUGAUCGGGUCAUUACUGAGCAUACCCGUGUGGUGAAUCGAGUCUGUUUUCAACCCGAGAACGGCAAUAUUUUGCUAAGCGCUUCUCAAGACGGCACAAUGAAAUGCUGGGAUCUGCGUGAGAGCAAUCGUGGUUCUUGGCAUACCUUUGAAGGCAAAUCGGAAUCCGUGAGAGAUGUUCAAUUUAAUCCCGUGGUUCAUCAUGAAUUUGCUGCUGUGAUGGAUAAUGGCAAUAUCCAGAAAUGGGAUAUGCGAAAUCCAAAAGGGAUGUAUGACAGAAAGGUGAGCGCCCACAGUGGCACCGUGCUGACCGUGGACUGGCAUCCCGGUGGCAGAAUGGUGGCUACAGGCGGAAGAGAUAAAAUGAUCAAGGUGUGGGACAUGAGUGCCGACAGUCGACGGCCUAUUUAUACUAUCAAGACGGCCUCGGUUGUUUCCCGAGUCCAGUGGCGGCCAGGUCAUGACUAUGAACUUGCGUCGUGCGCUCUUAUCAGUGAUACCAAAAUUCGUAUAUGGGAUACCCGAAGACCGAAUCUUGCAAAGUAUGCAUUUGGCACUCAUGAACAUUGUCCUACCGGAUUUCAAUGGCUUAAUGCGGAUGUAUUGUAUUCAUGUGGCAAGGACCAGUUAUUCAUACGUCAAGAAAUACAAGAGUCGUAUCGUCCGCAUGAUUUGUUGAGAAGAAAUGGCAUGGGCUGGAAUAUCCAAGGCGAUUUGUCAUUUACUAUCGACAAGAGUUCAAGGCACCAUUUUGUGGACGAAAGCGUGAUGCCUUCGUCUGCUGUGAAUGCGUCCAAGCGCUGGAAGCGACCUACAGCCAAAACCACAAUUGAUGAAGAGCUUACUACUUACAUUCCUCCUCAAAUUUGCGGUAUUGCGCACCUUCCUUUGUUUGACUUUGAAGCGUUCUCAAUGUUUGCUGAACAUUACAACAUCUCGAGUGAGAAUGUCGUACUCGCUUGCGAACAAAAUAGUGCGCUUGCAUGGGAAGUGGGUCGGUAUCGUACGGCUCAAACCUGGAAAAUUGUUGCGUUGCUUUUCGCUUCCGACCCAGAGAGCGAACCAGACACACAGGACAUGACUGAAAGUAAAGAAAUGUCACUGGAAAGUAGCGGUGGGAACGCGUUGAAUCUCAUGGAGACGACUCAUUCAAGAAACCUGCCGUUGAAUGACAGUGAUUCAGAGAAUACGAACGAAUCCACCAGUUCUGAUAAAGACAGUAGCGAAAGCCUGUCUAGCUCGCCAUCGUCCGACCAAGCAGAGCUGUGGCCGGUAUGGCAGCAUGAGCAUACCGUCACUGAAUUGCUGGAUUAUUAUACGGAGCAAGGAGAUGUUCAAAUGUGUGUUACGUUGUACCUUGUAUUGGAAAAAUUCCUGAAUGUUCCGGAACACCGCAUAGAAGAUUGGUUCACAUCAUAUAUAGAUCUACUUCAUCGAUUCAAACUGUGGUCGACGGCGACAGCAGUGGCCAAAGCGUGCAAAGUGUCCCGUGUCCGUGAAAUGAACGAGAAUUCCACUACAUUUAAUAUCGCUUGUAAUCAUUGCUUCAAGCUCGUUAUCGGAACCGUACGAGGAUCCUGGGCUUGCGAUAAAUGCCAUCGAUUAUUGAAUCCAUGUUCCAUAUGUCACCAAACAGUGCGAGGGCUGUAUGUAUGGUGUCAAAGUUGUAACCAUGGCGGGCAUUUGGAACACAUGCGAGACUGGUUCAAGCAUGAAACGCAAUGUGCCACAGGCUGUGGCCAUACAUGCGUGUUGACCCCUCUGACCACCCUUCCCCAACAAUAACAGCUUGUAUUCGAAAAAAGAUACACACGCGCACACAUCCUGAAAACAGAGCACGUCAACUUGCUGGAAACGGGAAACUUCAAAAAGUAUUAGACAACCCGCUGUCUAUCUAUAUUCCGUCGGAUCCAUCAACCGAUAGGUUAAUGUGUGAUGGGCAGCAGCAGCAUAUUGAUAUCCUAUCCAUUAUUGAACACAGAUGGAAAUCACUGUACAUAUCAAAUUUAUAUAAUGUAUAACCCUUCUCAUUUUGCUUGAUUCCAUUCUUGUGUUGAUGUGGUAAUAUAUCUCUCAGUUUUGGGUGCAAAAACCCCGUCCCACUCUCUCCUCCGUCCAUUUUUUUGGGUUCAUCCAAGUGACAGCGGUUUCCUUUUCGGGGAAAUUUUGCAUCCAGUUUCCAUCCAUCUAGUUUUUC